ACACCUGCCUGUGAACUCUCCUGUGUAGUUGACGGGGCGCGGUCCAGAGGGUGGAGUCCACCGCUGCGGCUCAUCUGGGAACAUUCAGCCCAUCUGCAUACUUGGCACAACCGCCGCGUUCGUUGCUGCACUUUCUGGAGGCUCCGACUUUAAAAAGAAAUCCAGAACAACAUCGUUUCGCGGGGGACGAGGGCACCGACUGGCUGAAGAUGAUGGCUCCGGAGCCGCUGCGAACGGCCAUGACCAGCGGGGUCGCGGAGGACACGUCGCUCGCGCUGCCCUCCGACAACAAGCUGCGCAUGGGACACCAGCGCGUGCUGGACCAGGUCACCACGAUAAAGAGGAGCAAGUCCAAGCAGUGGAAGAACGGCACCCUGUCUCCGUCUCCUACAAGCAUGAGUCCACAGAGUUCGACAACAUACACCGAGUUUGGAACAUUCAAGUUUUUGCCAUCCAAAAUGAACGGCACCGCCAGCCGCAACAACUCCACCAUGUCAACAGGCCACAACAAAUCGAUGAAUGCUCAAAAGAGUCGUACGAUGUCCACUAAAACCAUGGGAGGAAGAUACGUCAGCUCCUCUGGCACAUGGGAACAGCAACUCAACUCUUCCAGCUGGCCCCAGGGUCCCAAUGGGCUGAAACCGAGUCGUAGUGACCCUACCUUGGCUCCACCUUUUACUCCUGCACCUGCACCUGCCCCUGCCCCUGCCCCUGUCACGAGAGCCAAAGGACAGACAACCCAGAGCCAGACCACCCUCGUGACCCGUAUAAAUAGACAAAGCAUUUCUUCAUUGAGCAAUGGCAAUAAGAUGACCUCCAGCCAGACACGCAUGCAGCGGCCACCAUCGACCAACUCUCAUAACGAAGGCAGAAUCAGUAUGAUCAAAGCCUCCAACAUUGAGCAGAAAUCAGCGGUGAACACUGCAAGCAGGGUGAACAUGUCAGACAUGACCCUAAAGGAGGCUGUAGAGUUCCUGUCUCACCCUGAGGAGAAUUACCAGCAGUGCGGAGCCACCUUCAUCCAACACACCACCUACAAUGAGGAGCGCACCAAACCGGAGGUUUUGCAGUUAGGGGGUAUUCCAACUCUGGUGACCCUGCUGCGAAGCCCCAACCCAGGGGUGAGCCAGGCAGCUGCUGGGGCUCUGAGGAACCUGGUCUUCAAGGACCACAAUAACAAGCUGGAGGUUCAGCACUGCGGUGGCAUAGCUAAGACCUUGCAGCUGCUAAAGGAGACGGAUUCUACUGAGACACAGAAGCAGAUCACUGGCCUGCUAUGGAACCUGUCCUCCACCGAUGAGCUGAAAGAAGAACUUAUUGCUACAGCGCUGCCUGCGCUGACGGAGAAUGUGGUGAAGCCAUUCACUUCCUGGUCAGAAAGCGGCGCCAACAAACACGUAGAUCCCAGUGUCUUCUACUGCGCCACCGGAUGCCUGAGAAACCUGAGCUGUGGUUCGACGAGUGAGAGGAAGGCAAUGAGACAGUGCCCUGGUCUCAUCGACUCCCUGAUGAGUUACAUCCAAUCCUGUGUGGCAGAGGAUAACCCUGAUGACAAGUCUGUGGAGAACUGUGCAUGCAUCCUCCAUAACUUGACCUACCAACUGGAGCAGGAAUGCCCUGAAAGUUUCAGUGACUUAUGCCCUCAGAAAGCAGCCCAACUUGAAAAUAAGAAAAGCCCUACAGUUGGAUGCUUCAGCCCCAAAAGCAGCAAGGCUCAAAAGGAGUUUUCUUACGAUGUGGCUCGAGGAAUGCCACAGGACGUUGCCCCGUCAGGUGUGAAGUGGUUGUGCCAUCCUAAAGCCAUGGAGGCCUACCUGGGCCUCCUGAGCUCUUCCCAGAAAGACGCCACCUUAGAGGCUUCCUGUGGCGCUCUGCAGAACCUGACUGCCAGCAGGGAAAUGGGUUCUACUGCUGUGAGCCAGAUUUUAGUUAAUAAGUUCGGCUCUGUAUUACAUUACCCCCUGUUAAGAUCGCCCAACCACACCCUCCAGAAGACUGCUAUGUCCCUGCUGGGUAACAUGUCUCGGACUGGCGGUUUGCAGAACGCCAUGGCAAAGCAUGUUUUGCCUGAGCUCUCCAGCCUGCUCGCUGGCAAGCCCAAGGAAAUGGGAAACUCAGACGAAGCCAUUGCAGCAGCUUGCAGCACAGUGCAGAGACUGAUCUCGGCAGACGGUGAGAUCACCAAGAAGGUGGUCACACCUGAACUGGUCAAUUCACUGGCUGACCUCAGUGAGAACGAUGCUUUGCCCAAAGGCAGUAAAGCAGCCUCGCUCCUGCUGUACAGCUUGUGGAAUGAGAAGAAUCUACAAGGUGUUGUGAAAAAGCUGGGACUCAACAAAUCAGUCUUCAUCAAUGAUGUCACCACAGCAGCUCACCAGUCAAUACAAGUUAUCGAGUGAACGUGAUCGAUAAGUGGAACGGCAGCACGCAGCCUGACAGAUGAACACCGUCAUGUUUAGGCACUGCUUUGGCCACACCCUUUCAACGAAGGCAGGAAAAUUACCAUCUUCAUUAGCAACACUGUUGAAAGAGCUGAUCAAUUACAAGUUAAUUAUGCAUUGUACAUACAUCAGAGAAAAUAGAGCUUUUAGUUUCGUGAAUAAUCCUGUGGUGCAUGUAUUUAAUCUGGAUAUGUGUCUGUCUCUGUAUAUAAAUGGGUGACUGUGUUUUAGGUAGGUUAAGUGUGUGUGUGAGUGUAUGUGUGCGCGCCUGCUGACACCCAGUUGUGAUGGCCUGCGAGCCACAGUACAUGAGAUGAUGUGGAGAGACAGCAUUAUCUGCAGUGGAAUGUUACUUGCAGUGAUUAUUCAGAUUUAUGAAUACCAUCACUGUCACAUGUCUGUGUAGAGAGGCUAACAGAUUAAAUAUCUGUUGAGGCCUUGAGAACUGAGCAGCCAGAAAUGAAAGUUGUAAGAGCUACGCAAAGCUAAAAUGGGGAGAAAAAAAAUUUAAUUAAAAAAGUCUGUAUGAAUUUGUGAUGUUGUUGCUGUCUGAUGACAAAUGGCUGAUCUAAACAAUGUGUUCUUUCUUUAUUUUAAAGAAAAGUAAUCUCAAAAUCACCUUUGUUUAGUUUUUUGUCUAGUGUGCUUUGUUGAAGUUAGCAGAUUUUUAUUUUACUUUUAUUUUUUAUGAUGAACAGUAUAUCCAGGUUUUAUAUGAAAAGUUGAACAAAGUCUCAGUUCAGCUAAGAAAAAUAUACUUUCAUUUACAAGGCUAGUAUGCAAAUGCUUCAUUUUGAACAUUAAAUGCAAUUUUGUAUUAUUAAAAUAAUGUAGCAAGAGUGGCUAAAAAGUCAAAGAAUAGUUCAACAUGUGGAAAUUGACUUAUUUGCUUUUUUCAUAAUUGACAGCAUGUUUGUACGUUGAAUGUGAAACAUCCAGUUAGCCUAGCAAGACUGGAAACAUUCAGAAACAGCUGGGCUUUUCAAAUAAACAAAACUACCUGCACCUCUAAAGCUCAUUGAACUAGAAAAGCACUCGGAGAGCGCAUACCUCCGCCGUGUGUCUGUGUGUGUCUGUGUGUGUCUGUGUGUGUCUGUGUCUGUUAACAGCAUAACUCAAAAAGUCAUGCUGUCCAAUUGAGAGAUGGCCUGGCGGCCAUCUCUCAAUUGUCCUUCGACCUUCAAAAAAUUCCUGGAUCCAGACGGUGAUUCGGAUCACCUCCAAAAUCUAAUCGAUUCUUACUUUUGCUCUUCCGGACAUCCUGUAAAAAUUUGGUGAAAAUCCAUCCAUGACUUUUUGAGUUAUGCUGUUAACAGACAAACAGACACACACACACACACACACACACACACACAGACAAACAAACUCCAGUGAUUACAUAACCUCCUGGCGGAGGUAAUAAUACACUAUAAACACUGUUCUUUUAAACUAUGUUCAAAUAGAAGCAUUAAAUCAGCACUUUGUGGCUCACUGAGUUUAUAUGACAUGUAAAACCACAAUUUAUCUAUCUGACUCUUUGUUUUUUUUAGACAUCAUUCUAUUAACAUAUUACAUGAUAGAUAGUUGCCUUUGCAUGGAGCCAGGUUAGUUCUCUGAUCUUGUUUCCAGUCUUGGUGCUAAGCUAAAUUAACAAACUGCUGGCAGUAGCUUCACAAUAAAUGAAAACUUAUAGAGUGGUAUCCAACUCCUCAAGUAGCUUUGGGCAAAUAGCGAAUGAGCACAUUCCUAAUAUUCAGUAUUGAACUGUUCUUCUAAAGUGCCUGUACAAUACCUUGUUUUGUUCUGUUGCUUUGUUAAAAACUGACCUGUUGAAAUUUAUAAAUUGUGUGCUGUA